AUGGGCCACCAAUCGAACGCCGGCGACCUCCCGCCCCACGUCCUUAUCUUCCCACUGCCGAUGCAAGGCCACAUCAACUCCAUGCUCAAGCUCGCCGAGAUCCUCUGCCUCUCCGACCUCCACAUCACCAUCCUCCUCUCGGACUACACCCACGCGCGCCUCCGCCAGCACGCCGACAUUGAAUCCCGCUUCUCCCGCUACUCCGGAUUCCGCGUCGCGUCGAUACCGGAUGGCCUCCCGGAGGAUCACCCCCGCUCCGGCGAGAGGACCAUGGAGAUCGUGCUGAGCCUGCUGAAUGUCGGGGGAGCCGAGUUCCGGAAGCUGAUGGAGACCACCGACGCCCUGAGCGACGGCGGAUCCAGGCGGCGCGUGUCCUGCCUCAUCAUGGACGGAGUGUUCAGCUUCGCGGUCCCCGUGGUCCAGGAGAUGGGGAUCCCUUUCAUUUAUUUCAGAACCGUCGGCGCGUGUUCCUUCUGGGCGAAUUUCUCCUUCAACCAGGUCAUUGAAGCUGGGGAAGUCCCUCUCAGAGGCAAAGACGAAGACAAAUACGAAUUCUGGAAAAAACCAGAGCUGGACCUAAUCGUGACUAGCAUCCCCGGCAUGGAGGGAUUCCUCCGGCGACGCGACCUGCCGGGGUUCAGCCGGGUGGCUGACGUCAACGACACCGGCUUCCAGACCAUCAUACGCGAAACCCGAGGCACGGCCCUCUCCAGUGGGCUCAUACUCAACUCGUUCGAGGACCUGGAGGGCCCAAUCAUGGACCAGAUACGGAAGCCCAUUCCAACCGUCUACUCCAUUGGCCCACUCCAUACCCACCUCCAGGCCCGCCUUGAGGCUCAGAGAAACGACUCCUCCCUCCCCUCGAGCAGCUUCUGGGAGGAGGAUCGCAGCUCGGUCUCAUGGCUCGACUCCCAGCCCGAGAAGUCCGUCCUCUACGUGAGCUUCGGCAGUGUGACCCUGCUGACGAGGCACGAGCUCCUCGAGUUCUGGUACGGCCUCGUCAACAGCGGCCACAAGUUCCUCUGGGUCAUGAGGCCCGACUCGAUUGUAGGGAAUGACAAGGACAGCCCAAUCCCGGCCGAGCUGGAGGAGGGCACCAAGGAAAGAGGGUACCUGGUCGGGUGGGUCCCGCAGAACGAGGUUCUGGCCCACCGAGCAGUCGGGGCUUUUUUCACACACAGCGGGUGGAACUCGACUCUGGAGGGGAUAGCGGCCGGGAUGCCCAUGCUGUGUUGGCCGUACUUUGCGGACCAGAUGAUAAACAGCAGGUUUGUGAGUGAUGUGUGGAAGGUGGGGCUGGACAUGAAGGACACGUGUGAUCGGGGGAUUGUGGAGAGGAUGGUUCGGGAGAUGAUGGAGGAGAGGAAGGAGGAGUUUUGGGGGAGGGCUUGUCGUCUGGCGGAGAUGGCGAAAAAGGCGGUCAGUGAGGGAGGGACGUCGUAUACGAAUUUGAAUAGGCUGAUUGAGUUUUUAAAGUCUACGGUUUGA